AUGGAUUAUCGUCCGUUCACUACAUUGCUGACGCAUGGAAUUGACACAACAGCAUUUCAGUCUCCUAUCUAUCAUACCACUCCAGUUGAAGUUGCUGGUAAUAUGGCUGAAACAGUGAACGAGGUGCAGUUUGCUGACAGUGACAUGUACGGUCCUGAUGUCGCCCUAAACGAUGACGACAAUGAAAUCGGCCUUCAUGGACCUCAUGAAUCGACUAUCCAACCCUAUCUACAUGAGUUCAUCAUCGUCUUUGUUGAAAACAUCCUCAUAUACUCCAAGUCACCGGUGGACCAUGAACAAUACUUGCAAACGAUUCUACAAACACUACGUGAUCACAAACUUUAUACCAAGUUGAAGAAACGCGAAUUCUGGAUCACCAGUGUACACUUCCUCGGUCACGUCAUUAACAAGAAUGACAUCUUAGUUGAUCCCCAAAAAGUUGCGGCAAUCAUGGAUUGGCCACAACCUACUAACGUGUCCGAGAUUCGAAACUUCUUGGAUCUAGCCGACUAUUACUGGCGCUUCGUGCAAGAUUUUUUGAAGAUAGUAUCACCCUUGACCCUGCUAACUCAGAAAAACACACCCUUUGAAUGGACGGACAAGCAAGAACGUUGCUUCCAUGAAUUGAAAAACAGACUUGUGAUAGCUCCAAUACUAGCACUCCUCGCGGAAAUAGAAGGGUUCGUAAAUUAG